AUGAACAAUGAGGCUGUUUCUUCACAUAUGAGCGAAGAACAAAUUCGAACAAUUAAAAGGUGUAUUCUCAUGUCACAUGCAGCAUUUAGUAGAGAUACCCUGAAUCGUGCAAAGACGUUGGCAUUGAGUGCAAAAACGAGCAAGACACAAGUGAUGACUAAUAACACUGCCCAACGAAACCAAAUUAAAGAAGAAAGAGACCUUCACAAGUGUAUUGCAAUAUCUGUCGAUUCAACCACGAAAGGUGACCAAGUAAUAUUUUGUGUUUUCGUGCGUUUAGUUAAAGGUAAACCUGUCUACUCAAUGCCACUAUUAUUACAAGAAUACAAAGGAUCAACAGAUGCCAAAACGCUAGCAAAGUGGCUUGUUGAUAAAAUUACCAGACUUGGAUUUAACUGUUAUAGAAUUAUCAACUGUACAACAGAUGGCGCAUCAGUGUGUUCUGGUUUGGAUGGAGGACAUUCAGUGGAAAUGAAUGAAUUAAUCAACAAAGAUGAACCUUCGGGUAUACCUCUUAUUGAUACAGAAAUGAAAAACUUUUGGUGUAGUGCACAUUGUGUAGCUCUAACUGGUGAAGGAUUAGAUAAGGAGCCCGAGAUAAAAAUGUUGAAAAUAUUAUGUCAAUGGUUCUGUAGAAAACGAAGUAUGUCUGACUAUAAUCAACAUUGCCGAAUUGAACACAGAAUUAAAGCAACGUAUUCCUUUACUCGUUGGUGUUAUAUAUACAAAAACGUUGAAGAUAUCACCAAUAAUUAUGAACAAGUUGCAAAUUAUUUGAGUACUGGAGAACCACUUGAAAGUCUAAUGACAGAAUUCGAUAAAAAUGGCAUUGUGUUUGGCCAAGAUGGUGUACAUUUUAUCAAAAGUACUCAAAAUGAUUAUGAAGUAACAGAACAAUGUCAAAACGCAAGUGAUAUGGCAGAGGAAGAACCAGUUCAAAGAAUUCUCUAUAAUAUAAACAAUGAAAACAUCAAGAAAAUAUUUUUCAAUGCAAAAGAAGUAUUUAGAAUAUUGCUUACUCUCGUUUCUUUAUUGCAAGAUGAUGACUGUCUUUUGUUUGAAUAUGUUGAACGCCUUGAAUUAUUUAAAAGUUAUAUUGAUAUUUUACUAAAUGAAGUUAAAAGUGGUGUUUAA